UUGAAAGAGAACUCAAUUAUUUCUGAACUAUGCAGUAAAGCUUUAAUUCUAACAAAUCAUGGGUACAAGCGACCGGUUGAGGUGCCGAUUCAUUUUAAUAAAGAAUAUGGAAAUUCUAUGGAUGCAAAGAAAUUGAUAAGUGGUUUGGAUUACAAGUGGCACGAGGUUGAUGGUAUGUAUUUGAAGCACCCCAUUACCGAGUCAGUGCCAUGUAGAUUAAUGAGUGGAGGAAGUUUUUUCAGAACUUGGGGGUUACGGAUUUUGUCAAAGUAGUUCCCUCUGAGAAAUCUGUUGCUGACUUGUCUCCUGCUAUUCUUAGUCAGAUGAUGAGUGACAGACAGCUCAUUUCCCCAGGAUUGGUGGUUAGAGAUUGGGAAUCGCCUGAAUUAGUUCGUAUACUUUCCCAGUUGUCUAAGGAUGGUAGCCAAGAGAGGUGCAAAUAUCUCUUGGAAGUUCUAGAUGACUUAUGGGAUGAUCAUUUCAGUGAUAAAGUUUUUGGGUGUUGCAGCAGUAAGUCUGGUCUGAAUGACUUAUGUUUCAGAACUUCGUUCUGGCAUUGCAUAUCUGAUAUCAGGUGGACAGUUUCAAGUAUAUCAAAUGAGCUUCAGUAUCCAAAAGAGCUGUUUUAUGACUGUGAUGCUGUCCGUUCUAUUCUUGGUUGUCAUGCCCCAUAUGUUGUUCCAAAGGUUAAAAGUGUUAAACUGUUGACAGAAAUUGGUUUCAAGACUGAAGUUACACUUGAUGAUGUUUUUGCAAUGCUUCAAACUUGGAGAACGUUGGAGUCUACAUUCACAGCCAGGUAGUAUACUAUUGCAGAGCUUAUCACUUUUCUGCCUAUUCUUGAUCAUUGGUUGAUAAAAAGCAGCUCAUUUCUUUGUCCCUAAUCUUAACUGCUGAUCUGUUGAUUUAGAAAUUCAUUGUAAUCUAGCCCCAGCAUAUUAUACGAAAACUUAAGCAGUCAUUCAAAUCAAUGUGCUUUGUGGCUUUGUAAGAGAGAUUGAACAACUCGGUACUUUGUUACCAUCUAAAGAAGUUACAAAAGAUAUUAGUCAUGAACAUAUAGGGUAUACAUUCUCUGGCUGAAAA